UACGACACUUAAUUUCUUUCUACGGUAAAACAUGGCGCCGCGCAGCUAAGCUUGGUGAGGUAACGAAGCACCGAGAUAAACAUUGAGAGCUUUUCUUCUCUUCUGUCGUUCACAAACUUCCAAAAUACUUCCUCGGCGAGGCAGCAGUUCCCCGUGGAGCUAAGGCACAGUGGGGGGAGGAGUUUCACACUGCGAUGGCCACGCAGGGAGGCAUCGUGUUCCAGGAGAAGGUCAGCAGGCUCCUCCGCGGACAGAACGGAAAACCAGUGCUCAAACCCAACAGGGCUCUGGUUCUGAAAGACGCUGUAGCGAACCGAAAGCCCAAGAAAGGGGAGGCCUCUUGUAUCACUGAAAUGUCAGUCCUGAUGGCCUGUUGGAAGCAGAACAACUUUGUGGACAGUCUGUGCUCUAAUGAGAUUAACAGCUUUUAUAUGUGUGUGGAAAAGGCUCAGAUACAAACUGAAGGCAUCAAGCAAGCACAUGGAAUUAUGUGGCAAAGAAAAAAAAAGGAUAAAUGAUUCUAAAUAUGUUUUAUAUUUUAGAUUCCUCAAAGCAGCCACACAUCCUUUAUUGACAGCGCUGCAGUCUUGGCCUUUUCUUAUUGAGCUUCAUGAGGGGUCCACAAGCAGACUGUUGUGUGAGCAGAUAACCUCAGCUGUAACUUGUCCCUCACACUGUAAACCAGUUCUCACUAGAGAGUGCUACAGAUGUUAUUUGCCAAACAGAAAGACAUCAAAUACUUUAAAGUGUGGAGAGAGGUGUUGUAGGUGGUGGGAAAGGUUCAUCAGAUCAGCACAUCAGGAUUUCCUUAGCUGGAUGAUUAAGCUUGAAUCAAGACACUUUUUCUCCAAUUGAUCUUUCUGAGUCAACUUCAGUAAUUAUUUCCUCCAAACAAUCAACUUGUCUUUUAGACCCCAGUCCUGCAAGACUGCUCAAAGAAGUCAUACCAUUCGUUAAUGCUUCAAACUUAAAUAUAUGAUCAACCUGUCUCUAAUCAGCUUUGUACCAUAAGCCGUAAUUAAACCUUUACUCAUCUCUGUGCUUGUCCUGCUAGACCUCAGUGCUGCAUUCGAUACUGUUGACCAUAAUAUCCUAUUAGAGCGAUUAGAACAUGCUGUAGGUAUUACAGGU